UUGUUGAUUCCUCAAACCAUGAGGAAUGUGCAAGCUAAUUUAAGAGGGAUUCUAAAAAGAAAUUCUGCUAUUUUGAAUUCCAUCCCAAACAGUUUCUGCCAAGCUUGGAGUCGGAGCAAAGCAACUCUAUUGAUACAGUUAGCGACAGGCGCCUACUUAAGUCUACGAGAUAUAUGAAUAGAUCUAGAUCUAAUUCAAAAAAAAAAAAAGUGGAGGCUAGGAAAGUAGGACGCGAGGGGAAAGAGAGACAAUGGUAACUGCCAGGGUGUCAAACAGCUGACGGCUAUACAGUGUACACGCCAAGUGACACGGCGCCAUUAAAUGAAGCCAAAUAUAAGCAUACAUGUGUGCGUGUGUUUAAGUGUCUGUGUGGUCUAAGUUUGAUUAGUCCAAGGUUGUAUCUACUCUUUAUGAUUUUGUUAUAAAGAUUAAUGUAUAAUCUUAUUUAGACUAAUUGGAAUUAUUACAUUCAACUGUCUUUGAUAUCAAUCGAUUUUUGAAUGAAGUCUUACGUUAAAGGAUAACAAUGGACAACAAUGUUAUUAAUAUUGUGCGUUGCAGUCUUCUCCCUUUAAUUAAAUUAAUCGCAUAACGUAUUGAUCAUAGCCCUACAGAUUUCAUAAGUGCCUGAUCAUGUACCGCAGCGUCCCUCCUUGCCCCACACCCGACAUCGCGGAUCACUGGAACCAAAGAUUCAAAGUUCGAGAUCAAGGGUUAAAGGCCGAGUCCAGUAAAUCUCGUCAGACUACCAGAGCCAAAGUGGUAGAACUAGGCUCCUGUUUAAGUGGUCGCCCUCAUCGAUCAACGCUCCGAAAGUUUCCCAUGUCUCCAAUCAGAAUGUCCAAUGACCAUUACCACAAGGUGAUAAAGGUGGCCAGUUGUGACUUUACUGGCAAAUCUACAAACAGAGAAAAGAUUUCACCAUCAGAUGUGCACAGGGGACAAGCACAGUUCAACUCACAAACACGAAUAUCUAAUGCAAACAAACACAAUUCGAAAUCAGCAACAAAUGGUUUGAAUCGAUUGACUUCUUCACCGACAUCAGUCUCCGCCUAUGAGAAACACUUGAACGCACAAAAAGUGUAUCAAGAUAGAAUUGAUGAAAAAUUAUACCGUCUAUAUGCUUUCCCUGACGUAAUACAGCCUACAGACCAUAUCCACAACCCUGAAAUUUUAACGGACACUGAUACGAAUGAUCUUACGCUACUGCCAAAGCCUCAGAGAGUCACUGUAAGAAGUCUCAAAGAAUUGCCAUGGGUAUUUCGUUAUAAAGUGAAAAGAGCCAACAGCACCUUGGCAAAGAUAAUGGCCAGUAAACCUAUACCCAUUCCAGUGGAUUCAAGACACUGAGCAUGGAACACUGGACAGAAUCAGCAACUGGGAUUGAAUAUAAAGCAUACUUGCUACUUCUAGAAUUGUACUCAAUGAUCUUUAUUUUGUAAAUAAAUGGAACUUUGCAUAAACAGAC